AUGUUUCUCAAAGCCUUGCUAAUCGGGUGUCUACCCGCGACCAUCUUGACUACCGCCCAGAGUAUCCCGCCCAUUUCCGUCCCGGAGGUAGGAGUCUCGGCAUACCCUUUCGACCUGAGUCAAGUGGCGCUGAGCAGCAGCCGCUGGACAGACAACCAAAAUCGAACGCUAAAUUAUCUCCGUUCUGUAAAUGUUGAUCGACUGCUGUACAACUUCAGGGCAACGCACAAGCUCUCCACCAAUGGCGCUGCGGCAAAUGGUGGAUGGGAUGCGCCAGACUUUCCUUUUCGCUCGCAUGCUCAAGGACAUUUUCUCACAGGCUGGGCGAAUUGCUAUGCGGUGUUGCGCGACAGCACAUGCCGAGAUCGGGCAACAUAUUUCGUGGCUGAAGUGGCAAAAUGCCAGGCAAACAACGGCGCUGCAAACUUCAAUGCUGGGUAUCUGUCUGGGUUUCCAGAGUCAGAGUUCAAUGCACUCGAAGCUGGGACACUGAGCAAUGGCAAUGUGCCAUACUACGCCGUUCAUAAGACUAUGGCUGGCCUGCUCGAUGCAUGGCGCAUUAUUGGCGACACCAAAGCACGCGAUGUCUUGCUUGCCCUCAGUGGCUGGGUCGAUGAACGCACCAAGAAGCUCAGUUCUUCCCAGUUGCAAAAGAUGUUAGGCACCGAGUUCGGCGGCAUGAACGAUGUCUUGGCCAACGUCUAUCAGCUCACAGGAGACAAAAGGUGGCUUACGGUUGCCCAGCGCUUCGAUCAUGCGGCCGUUUUCGACCCUCUCGCAAGCAAACAAGAUCAAUUGAAUGGACUUCAUGCCAAUACGCAGGUGCCAAAGUGGAUUGGUGCUGCUCGAGAAUAUAAGGCUACUGGCACCACACGCUACUUGGACAUUGCACGGAACGCCUGGGACUUCACCGUCAAUGCUCAUACAUAUGCCAUUGGGGGAAAUAGCCAGGCAGAGCACUUCCGUCCACCGAAUGCAAUUGCGCAAUAUCUGACCACGGACACCGCUGAGCAUUGCAAUACCUACAAUAUGCUUAAACUAACGCGGGAUCUGUGGACCAUGGACCCAACAAAUGUCAAAUACUUUGACUUUUACGAGCGUGCGUUGAUGAAUCAUCUUCUUGGGGCUCAAAACCCAGCGGAUAGCCAUGGUCACAUUACUUACUUUACACCCCUCAAACCUGGCGGACGACGAGGUGUUGGUCCAGCAUGGGGUGGCGGCACAUGGUCUACUGAUUACGACUCCUUCUGGUGCUGCCUGGGGACGGCUGUGGAGACCAAUACGAAGUUGAUGGACUCCAUCUAUUGGUAUGACGACGCUGGAGUUUAUGUGAACCUCUUUACGCCCUCAACGUUGGAUUGGUCGCAGCGCAAUGUCAAGAUUACCCAGUCGACAACAUACCCUGUCGGUGACACAAGUACACUGCAGGUGACCGGCACAGGAGAUUGGACCAUGCGCAUCCGCAUCCCGCAGUGGGCUUCCGGCGCAACGAUCAGCGUGAAUGGGCAGGCAGCAGGCGUUGACACAAAGUCUGGCAGCUAUGCGGUCCUCAAGCGCCAGUGGACGUCGGGUGACACUGUCACCGUGAAGCUACCGAUGAAGCUGCGAACAGUGCCUGCUGCUGAUAACCCAAGCAUCGCCGCCGUAGCCUAUGGACCAGCAAUCCUGAGUGGAAACUAUGGUACCUCGACUCUCACUGCGUCGCCAAAGCUAGACUUAGGUUCCAUUCGCCGCACCGGUACUUCUGAUCUCGCGUUCACGGCGACGGCAGAUGGCAAGGCGGUCAACCUGGGUCCAUUCUAUGAUGCGCAAGGCUUCAAUUACAAUGUUUACUGGGCGACUACUGGCGCAUUGCCCACCUCCAAGUAG